AUGUUCUUCGGUGUCGGUGUUGCUGGGCGGUUGCCGACAAGAGAUCGUCAGUGUUUUCUUUGCUUGCUUGCCGACGAGCAAUACCCUUCCCUCAACCUCUCUUUUACACCGCUUCAACAAUCCUCGAGGAAAACGCACGGAGAGAACCGAAAACGAAACGACAAUGAGCAUCCCCAGCGACCCGUCACAGACCUCGAGCUCGAGCUCUGCCGCAAGCGGCAGCAAGCCGACAGGCCGCAGCCUGAGCGAGAUCCUGCAGACGGCGCCGACGGGCGCGGCACACCCCGGCGUCGAGGAGAUCCGGAACAUCGACCCGAAGGAGGACCAGGAGCGGGUGAUUGCGUUCACGAAGGAGGAGCCGAUGGGCAAGUGCGUGUUGACUUUCGACAACCCCUCAACACUGAUUAUCCGACCAGUGUUUCUCAACCCGUUUCAGCUGCAUGCCUUUUGACUGGUAAAGCUGACUCCAGGUACACCUUUGACUCGCGACCGCUGCAGUCCCGUGAAGGCGACAAGGUGCAGAAGCUGUGUCGCAAGCUCCCGAACGGAUCCACGAGCUGCAUCAUUCUCGGACUCGAGACCGAGAAGCUCUUCAUGACGAUGCAGGGGCAGGGAUACUUCUGCGCGCUGCCUGCUGAGCCGAACCAGACGCACAUGGAGUGUGUCAAGAUCCCGAAGUAA